UUUGAGUCGACUUCCUGAGUGAGUGAUAACAAUCUCGGACAAAAUUGUCUUUUCACCGGUGGUCUUCCGAAGGCGAUAUCUUUGAAUUCGAGGGGAGCAGCUCGGAGUUUCUCCGCGGUGCGUUAUUUGUUGUACUUCACCGGAUAGCCGUACGGGUUUGACAAGUUGAACCAAUCCCCCGCUGUCCAAUUAAUUUACCUCAUCUUCCUUGACGAAUUUCCCAGUAUAUGCAGAAGAGUGGACAGAGGAUGCCAAUGCUUGUCUGCCACUUAUCUGAUCUUGGUCGUGCUCCAAUAGUGGUGGCGGUCUGUACUGGAAGGCGGUGAUCACACGCGCGGUUAAGCCGUACGCACCAUGAACCGCUCAUCAUCUCCGCUGAUUUAGACACGGUUUGAAGGGCAGAGGUUCGCUUGUUAACCGGCUCGAUGUUGAAAAUUUCGCGAAGGAAACAGGGCAUUUCCAGCCCCCUGGAUGGCAAUGUUGCUUCUACUCAAGCCAGUGAGCUUGAUUUUGCUCUCCUUGAGCAGAAGGUGAUGGAAGAUGAUGCUGGUGGCUUGGGUAUAGCGGCCGCAUUGGCAACCUUGCAUGAACUGCAUGAAGCCAAUGCUGGAGUCGACGCAUGUACGCGAGUGCUAGAUAUUCUCCUGCGUUGCUCUCGGUCAAAGCCGCACCACUUCAGGAAGUCGAUAGCUGCGUGCGAGGGUUUCUUCCAGCUGCUGAAGAUGUUUGAGAAAGUUCAUGGGUGCCUGUCUCGUGAGCAGUGGAGCGAAUAUGUUGAAAGUGACAUGAACGACCUGCACGACUUUGUAACUUCUUUAUUGCUGGUGGUUGUUACGGCUGGCGAAGACAUCCAAAGCAAGUUUCUAUUCCAGGGAUUAUCAUCUGGAAUGAAGCAGCUCGGAUGUUUCAGGAGAAUUACCCAGUUUCGGCUUCCCAGUGAUCUUCUACCGGACUAUGCUAAUCCCAACAACGACUGUGAUGAGAGCAGGGAUGACUGGCCGUUUGAUGUCCGUCUCAGCAAUGAAGGCAAUGAGGCUUCUGCAAAAAUUGACCUGGACUCGAAGCUUGUGCAGAAGAUUUUCAAGCACACAACGCUUUACUCGGCAUCCAUUCUCUUCUCCAUGGUUUCGGCGCUGAUACGGGGCAAGGCCGACGGCAAUUUGCAGGGCAGCUACGAUGGCUCCAUUCCAUAUAGGGCAGAGCCUCGUAGAGCUGUGACGUCCGAGAAGGUCAUGGGUGCAAUUCGGAAUCCAGUGCUGGUGUUGCUUCUGGUGGAUCUGAUGAUAUCCCUCGCUUUGCCGUGUGGGAAGCAAGUGGAAGAUGUGAACAAGCUUCUUCUAGAAGAGCUGCAUGAUUCCGAAGUGAACUGUGGCGAUAGAGCUUCAAAGGUGGCGAUGCUCACUACUGAAUGGCUGUUUAAACAGUGGCUAACAAAUCUGCAGCUCCACGUGGCCAACCAAGUGCUGUCUCUCGUCGAGCACGACAGCGACAAGCAACUGCUCAGCUCACAUGGCUUCUUGCGCUUCAUCCUCUUCUGCUGUCCCAAGUUUUUGCUGCGGGAGACGCACUGUCUGCAUGGCCCUAUUCUGGAGAUCUUGGAGUGCAUGGCGCUCCAGUCUAUCAACGCGCAUGACUUAUGGACUUAUCUAAGACUUGGGCAUCCCCUCAACACUGGCAUUGACAUCUUGACUGAUCUUCCGGAAGACAUGAGGGGCUCUUCACUGGGAACUCUUGUCGGGUAUCAACUCGCUGGUAAAGCAGUGCCACUAGUGCGGGUCCAGUCAUUGGUAUCAAUGGCGUACGCUUCACAAGCCCCAUCACCCCCGCACAUACAGUUUGACAUGUCACAUGAUGGCCAUGGCUGUCUGUUGACGCCGCCGACGACACUGCCUCCGGUGUACGCGUCCACACGGGACCCGCUGUCUCUCGCCAUGAGUCGGGGUGUGCAGAAUUCUUUAUCGACAUUGCUAUGCAAUCCACUGGAGGAUUACCUGUUUCGAGCAUUUCCUCCAGCCCAUGGCUAUUCCUUUUGCUCCUGGUUUAUGAUCAACAACUUUGAGAAAGAAGAAGACCCGACAAAGCGGCAUCCUGUGCGCCUGCUGAGCAUGAUCAUCGUUCGCGGCCACCAGAGCAACAAAAUCCUGGAGAUCCUUAUCAGUCCGCAAGAUAAGUCACUGACUAUCAAUAUGGAAGAUACAGAAUGGGACUCGUCAUCGUCUGACGAUACUACUAACCCUUCCCCAGAAGGAACUAGCAACGCUCACUCUGGCUCCAACUUUGUGGUGGAGGUACAUGAUGACAUGUUGGGCCACUGCAAUAUGUGGACACAUUUGGUCGUGACAAUGGAGCCAACAAGCACCUCUUCAGACCGGGCCAACCUUGUUGUAUAUCUCAACGGACAGUCUGUUCACAGCUCAGUGAUAUCAUACUUCUCCUCAUUGGGUACGUACAUGGCAGCGCUGAUGAACAAGACUCUGGACCGCACGGCUAGCGGCCGCUCAUCUAGUGGACGCUCUCGCAGCUCCGCUAUGAAGAGAACCACUCAAGCAUCUUACGAGGAAGUGCCUGUCACCAUGAACUACUUUGUUGGUUCGCUUCCACAACAGAAGCGCGUGUCACUGCUACGAUGGCGUCUGGCGUCGAUGCACGUCAUCGAUGAGACGUUAUCCACGUCCAUGCCGGCCAAGAUGUACCAGGCUGGGCCCAACUACCUGGGCUCCUUUCAAGGCGAUGGCAAAGGAUGGAACCUCUCCGAGGGAAGCUUAGUGCUGAGUUUGCAGGCAGGUAGCUCAUGUAACGUUGACUGCAAUGAUAUUCAGGUCAUUGCUGGAGAGCUAGUUGGCCACGCUAUACUGAUGGAGACAUUGGCAUAUACAUACGGUAAAGUGCCUGACAAGAAGAUUACCAUGUUCUCCAAUACGGCACUGCACCUGAGUGGGCAGCAGAGACCUAUCGGUGCCUACGUCAUGGCUAACGGAACGUCGCUGACGUUUUUCCGUCCGCAACCACUCUCAGCAAGUAUCAUCUCGCUCGGUGGAGUGACGGUGUUCCUAAGCCUGAUAUCAAUGUCAGACAGUAUAGAGAUGCUGUAUGCGUCUCUCAAGGCCCUGGUCAAUUGCACGCUCCAUCAGCCGGACAUGAUCAAGCAGAUGGAAGAGCAACGGCAGUUUGACCUUCUUGGAUUUCUUCUGCAUCGCCGCAUGUCCCUGGUGACAACGCGCGUCUUUCAGUUGAUUCUGACGCUGGUUGGCAGUCACACAUGCAGUGGUGACAUGGAUGAUCAGUUUUUGCUCCCACACCCGCAGGCUUUCGGCGACCUUCUCUGUAACUUGGAGAUGUGGAGUGGCAGUCCGGAAACCUUCUUGCAUUGGCUGUACCAGCAUCUAGUGGAUGUUGUGAUGUCUAGCAGUGAUGCCAACUUGGAUCGGAUUGAAGACAUGCACCUGCUGGAUCGGUUGUUGGUUGGAAUAGUCAGCCCACACACCAGUGCCGUCGUUGCAUGCGACAUGGGCAAAGUGGUUCUGGCCAUUCUCCGUAAAUCCCCAACGUCGUACAACCUCCGAAAGGUAGCCCUGGUUUUGAUCGGCUCAUUACCUGAAAAUUUCAAGGAUGAGCAGAUUGACAAGAGCGGUUUGCUCGUGUCGCAGUCAAAGAGCAGUGGUGAUGACGAGUCGGAGGCAUCAUUUUCCCUGGACAUGGUCUAUAGUCAGCCAACAGUGUAUGAUCACAAUGCGCCACUUGUUGUCACCAAGCGCAAUCUCCUGCUGGAUGUCUUGGAAAACCUGGCCUGUGCAAAGCACCGCGGAACCACACGAGGCUCGGAUGUACUGCAUGUGUUCGGCUUUGACUGCUUCUACCUUUUCAUCCACUCGUUCAUACAUGGAAGUACGGUGGUGAGAGUGCUACGCUUCCUGCUCACGCUUCUGGACGAUCCGCACCUAGCCACGCUCUUCAAGGAAGGCUCAGCGUGCAGCUUGCCUGAGUUGAGUACGGCCCUUAAGCAGGACUCCUUCAACCUGUACCUACCUGAAACGAGUGACAAGCGGACUACGUCUGACACACGGUCCGUCCGUGGCAUCACAGCCGUGUCGACGGUUGCAUCGGAGUGUGUGCGCCUCUGUCAGGUUCCCAUCAUAUUCCUUGGUCAUUUUCUGAAGCGAUCGAUAGCGUCCUUAAGCGCAGUCUAUCUAGAGCUGACAACCGAGUCUCUUAGAGAGUUCUUCAACGUGCCAAGUAUUGAACCGUUCAAGUUCUUCAAGGAGAAACUUGAUGCCAGUGCUCAGUCUCGCAAGUUGACGUUUAGUCUCCAGCAGGAUAGCAGCGACUCUGGGCCUGCUUUUGGCGGUGUGUUGCCCAACGCUCACCUGGUCAAUCUCCGCUAUGACACGCUGCUGAUCAUCUUCAACUUGUGGAGGAGCAUGUUGAAUGCUGCAAGUUCGAUGGAUGUGUCAUUCAUCGAACCAUCAAACCUGUCUGCAUUGAUCAAGUUUGUGACGUCCAUCUACAUCCAGUCACCGGAGAUGGCCAAGAAGAUGCUGGAGAAGGAGUUCUGGUCAGCGCUGGUCAGCUGUCUCAUCCCUUCUCCUGUGAAAUCGUCAAUUCAUACAGCUACAGGCCACAAGUACAAUCAGCAGUGCCACUCGCAUCCCACUGUGUCUUCGAACCCGGCGUGCGACGACUUGCUCCAGCUCCUUUCACUCAUCAUCUUGGACAGCUUUCUGAUCAGGCACGACGUGUCCCUUCUUAUCGAUGUCGUUGAUCUCUUGACACUGUUAUGUUGGACCGAGGACCAAGCACAGGAAGCGCAGACCAUGCUGCUACGCGUUCUCAUGUCGUCGCUGCAGAGGCUCUGCCCACUGCUACCCGGUUCUCCGUUCCUGCGGCAGAAGCACCGCAGUAUAUUCAAGGAGAAGACCACGCUGGCACUUGUGCAGUUCUGCGGCCUGAUCUGUGACUAUCUGACUAAAGGUCUAUUUGAAGGCAGUCCGACAGCAUGCUACCGCUUCUUCGUGGGCAUUGUAUAUGACUGCGUCCCGACCACACCUCACUGCAAGGCAAUCCUACAGAUAUUGUCGGAGCUCAUUCUCACCGAGUUGAAGAAGGCGUUGGGCGGAAGGCAAGAACAAGCGCAGAUUGCUAACUUGUUGUACUCGGUACGGCAAGACCAGGUGAUGGUGAUGCUGUCAUCCAUUAUUGAUGCUUCCCAUGUGAUGGCCUAUCUGUACAUACUGCCAAGGCUUGCGUACCCAGCCUUCUCUGAGCCCUCGAAUUCUGGUUCACCGCCAUCUUCACUUACCUACCUGCGGGCAAGAAGUAUGAGUGUUCAAGAAGAUACCAUCAGCCUCGCGUCUAUGUCCAAAUCUGUGUCAAGUGAAGUCACUGAAGCAGCUCAGGAGGUUUGGAUCAGCUUCACUACCUGGAUGUAUGAGGACUUGUCUUCUCACUUCUCGUUCACCUUUCCUCAUCCAAGCAAGUUUGCAGCUUCUGAACCGACAUGUCAAGAUGAGUUCCAGGACUUGAUUGACCGGACAACUGAGAAGACGAAAAAAGCGUGGAACAACUUCUGCCGAGGGCCUGCAGACAAGAAAGCUAAUCAGAAAAAGAGCCUAAUGCUGUCACCACGUUCUUCCAAGCAGUCUAAUGUGUUCAUGAAUUUCAAGGCCGAAAUGACGACGUGUGAUCAAUAUGUGAAUAACAAGUCAUUUGACAUCGGAAUCUCUAUCAAGAAAGCCGUGGAAGCAGUGUGUCGGCAAAAUGCCAUGUCCUCAGCACAGCGCCAGAUUACGGCGCAGACCAACUGGUUGGCUCUCGAGACAGAGCUACACGGUGAUGGUGGGCUGUGGGGACCUGCAGGCGAGUCCAAGAUGAAGAAAUGGCAGCUGAACACGCUUUGCGAAGGUCCGUGUCGCAUGCGCAAGAAGCUGUGCGAGAACACCAACUUCUACCUGAACUACCCUUCACACGAGGGCGAGGACGAGGAAGAAAAACAGCCUCUGUCCAAGAAACAGGCGGCCAUGAGCUAUGACAGCGUUGCACUGCACAAGUCCAUCGUCAGCCCGAUAGGCACAGAGACCAACCUCCGGAAUCUGGUGAUGCAUCGGACGUCCUUUCACAGAGGGAGCUCCAGCACCACUUCUCCUGAAGAGGUCACGGAAGAAGCAGAUGACACCAUAUCAGAACACAGUGCUGAAUCUUUCUUCCAGAGUUCUCCUCUACCCAGUCCAGACUCGCUACCAGCCGGAUCACAAUCUGGUGUGCUGAAGAUGCUGGACGCUGAGAUUCUGGGCAGCUACCCGUGUGUUCUGGUGGAGGGGCUGGAUGUGAUCGAGGGUCACUUUGCGUUCUGCGGCUCUUCGUUCUACAUCCUACGCGGUGUUGGUCUUGAUGUGGCCAAGGACACGCUACCAGAUGAUCUCAAGGAAUUGGCCGAGAGGCAGAAAGCUGCGCACAGAGAGCCCAUCACAAUCAGCACGAUGCACUAUUAUUACACGGAGGUGCGCGAGGUUUACGAGCGGCGCUUUCUCCUUCAGAACUGUGCCAUGGAGGUGUUCCUGACAAAUGGCCGCAAUCAUCUGUUGGCGUUUGGAAAGGUGGUUCGUGACAUGGUGUACCAGAGACUGCUGAGUGUUAGCCAUGGGAUUCUGUCAAAUCCUGAUGAGUCUGUUUCAGGGAUGAAGCAACGCUCGUCUGGUCUGCUAGGCAGUUUCCGGAUGAAGUCUGUCACGGAAAGAUGGCUGCGGGACGAGAUCAGUAAUUUCCAGUACCUGAUGCAUCUCAACACGUUAGCGGGUCGUACCUACAAUGACCUGAUGCAGUAUCCCAUCUUUCCCUGGGUGCUGUCUGACUACACGAGUGAGACUCUGGAUCUAAACAACCCGGCAGUGUACCGAGACCUGUCUCAGCCAAUGGGAGCACAGUCACCGUCACGCUUGGAACAGUUCAAGAAGCGCUACGUGGAGCUGACAGACCUAAACCACAAGCCCUACCUGUAUGGUACUCACUACUCUUCAGCCAUGAUUGUUUCUUCAUUCCUGAUCCGGAUGGAGCCAUUCACGCAACACUUCCUAACCCUUCAGGGAGGUCAGUUUGACUUGCCCGACCGUAUGUUUCACAGCAUCAACGAGCAAUGGCUGUCGGCAUCCUCAGUCAACAUGGCUGAUGUCAAAGAGCUCAUUCCAGAGUUCUUCUAUCUACCUGACUUCCUGAAGAACAGCAACAAGUUCCGUUUGGGCGUAAAGCAAAACGGAUCUGUUCUGAACGAUGUCAUCUUGCCACCCUGGGCUAAAGGAGAUCCGAACGAAUUCAUUCGCCUUCAUCGAGAGGCAUUGGAAAGUCGGCAUGUGACGGCCCACUUACACGAGUGGAUUGACUUAGUGUUUGGCUAUAAGCAGACUGGCCAAGCAUCCCAGGAGGCAAACAAUGUCUAUCAUCAUCUCUUCUAUGAGGGCGCAGUGAACAUCGAGGAGAUAGAAGACCGUGUAGAACGCCAGGCCACUGUCACCUUCAUCAACAACUUUGGGCAGAUGCCACAGCAAUUGUUCAAGAAGCCACACCCGAGCAAGCGUGCGCGUGAUUUGACCCCAAGCGUCGACUUGACAAUGCCAUCAGCAAAUACGGCGGCAACACCAGAACCCUCUCCAGCGAAAGACUCGACGGCAGCACGGGGCAUGCGUUCAGUUUCCAAUGUGGCUGAAUCAGACGCGGCCAAAGAGGCGGACGCGCAGAGGCGACCAGAAACACUCACACGACAGCGCAGCUUCUCCAGUAGUCGCUACCCGCUCUUCUGUUACCUGGAAAGGCUCGGCAGUUCUGAUGAACCUUUCCUACAGCUAUCUGGACCGGUAGGGCAGAUAUGUGUGACAGAGAAGUCUCUUCGAGCUGUGGAGCAUAGCCGGGCGCUAAUUCCACCGCUCUACAACAGCUAUGUUUCAUGGUGGUUACCUGAUAACAGCUUGCGCUUCUCCAGUGGCUCUGGGAAUACGGUUAUUGAGAGGUUGCAGAACUACCAGUUCAGCGCGUGUGCUGUGCCGUCACCGGAAAUCCUCAUAACCGGCGGUUCCAAUGGCCUGAUCUGCAUCUGGGACAUGGCGAAUGCAUCCAAGGCAAAGUCCACCAAGCUGUCACUUCGAAAGACUCUUCAUGGGCAUUUGUCCAUGAUCACAUGCCUGUCGACGUGUGUAACGUACAGUGUCUUGGUCAGUGCAGCAAAGGAUGGUUCCUGUAUCCUGUGGGAUUUGAAUCAGUAUCGAUUUGUACGUCGUCUACCAGUACAUGAAAGUCCAAUCUCUUCAAUCGCCAUCAACUCUGCCACGGGUGACAUUGUGACAUGCGCCGACUGCACACUGUCUGUAUGGACAAUCAACGGCGAUCACGUUGCCACUGCCAGCAUUCCCUCCGCUGGGGGCACUAUCCUGUGCUGUUGUAUGUCAGACCAAAUGACCUGGGAUAGCAAUAGCGUGAUCGUGACCGGAUCGACAGAUGGAGUUGUGCGGUUCUGGAGGUUGCAGUGGGUUGAGCCGCCAAAGACGGAAGGCUUUACUUCCCAUCACGUCUUGUCUUCCCGCGACACUGUCAGCGAGUUUUCACCGAUAAACCGUUCAGUCGUCGGGUCUGCACGCCCGUCGCUGACCGUAGCGGACUUUUGCACAAACUCAGAACAGACGGCAUUCGCCAAGCGACUGUCGGCACGCAUGCACAGCCUCAGCAGCAGGCGUAGCAGUGAGCGGCGCAGCGUGGAUCAGCCUCCCAGUGAUCCCGGUUCUCAUGAAGACACCGCUUCACAGAUAACGUCGGACUCACCUGCCUACAGCACAAGAUCAGCGAGUAGUGGUGACUCAGUUUCCUGGAAGCGGCGGCUGAGAUUGGUGCACCGUCUGAUGAAGCACACGGCAUUCGACUACCCUGGCAACCCGGACCCUGCCAGUGUGACGGCUGUGCGAAUGUCAAAAAAUAACCGACAGCUGUUCAUUGGAGACCUGCGUGGACGAGUCUUCAACUGGAAGGGUAUCAUUGAGAAAAGCUCCCCGAUAAAGCCCCCAGGCUUGGCCCUCACGUGCUACGGAUGUAAGAUACACCUACUGGACCAAUCGCUCCGCACCUGUGCUGCCUGUCACAUGUCCUUCUGCAUCAGCUGCUGCAAUUUGGCCAGCGAUAUCGGCGAUGUUUGCGAGAACUGCUGCAUAAUACAAGCCGAGGAGGAUUACUUGUAAGACUGUUACAUAUCUAUGUAGGCGCCUCGUGUCCAGUAGGCCAAGGAAUGACUGUAGCAAGGGCUUGGUAGGUUGUUUCCCACGUGGAUAACGCUGCAGCCAUUUUUAUUUCAUUUUUAUUGCUUGCUCGUGUCACAGGUUGGACAAAGGAAGUGUCUCUCCCCACCUGAACACACCCUGUACACUUACUUGUACAUAAAACACAGUCUGCGCUUCUUUUUCCCGUUAUUCUUUUUCACCUCCUCUCCCAUAGUUCUUUUAUGGCUUGUUCAACCCGUGUUAUGUCUUCAGCUUCUUUUGGGCUGUUGGUCGUCGCUGUCAGCGGGAACAUGCCGGCCCGAUGUUAUUAUUUUCUUCCCACUCCUUUGCUUCCUUUUUCAGCUGACAACCUCUGUGCUGUUCAUGAACAUAGUACACAGGUGUUGGGUUGCUCAUGUGCCAAGCCACCACGCUCGCUGGCUUGCAGCUACCCAUGCCUCAGAUGUGCUAUCUCUCUCUCUCUCUCUCUCUCUCUCUCUCUCUCUCUCUCUCUCUCUCUCUCUCUCUCUCUCUCUCUCUCCCUCUCGUUCGUAUGCUCGCAAAUACUGUCAUAUUUUUAUUCUUAUCUGCAUGGGCAUGUAUACGGAGUCACUUAUGUAUAUUUUCAUUGGCCGUUCUUACUUUCAUUCCCUGAACACUUUACACUUUACCAGUUUCACACUGCCGAAAUAAUGCCUAUUUAUUACUGAUAUCUGAGCAAGACAGUAUGAUAAUGAUAUAUCCUAUUUAUUGUCGAUAUCGAUGCCUUUGAGUUUUUGUUCUUGGCUGGAGAGAACAUGGAGUAGUUACAUACAGGAGAGAGUGAGCAGUGCUAGAUUUACAGUCUUAUUUAUCUGCUGCUUUAUCGCCGGUGUCAUGCGCAAAAAUGGCGACCGCCCUGAUAAUGUUACUAGUUUGUACACCCCUUUUCUUUCCUUUGCCACAUUUCCGCAUUUCUUACUUUGUGAUGCUCAGCUGUGUACAUAAGGAUUCCGCCGCUCGUUGCUGCAUACAGCUUCUAACCCUGCUUUCUCUCGCUUUAAUGCUGAGCUGGCAUGCACUGAACCCCGCCGUUGGCGAGCGUUGCCGCCAGCCGUCCAGGAGACUCUGAGAGUUUUCUGCUUUGUCUCACCCUUUACUUGAACUCAAAUACACUACACACACUCGUGUGCUCGUGUGAUGUCAU